AAAAAAAAAAGAAAAAAAAUUGAAAAGAAAAUAAAAGAGGAAGAAAACUCGCAGCUACUUUAAAGAAUACCGAGAGGAACGAACCGAGAGUGGCGGCGGAGACCACGGGAAGAAAGGGCAGGCUACGCGCUCCUGGGGCCCGCUGAGGAGGAAGGAUGAUAAGUGUGGUGGCUGUGUGGCUGGUGGGCCUUUGCUUCCAGGCUGCUGUCGCGCAAACUACAAAUCUGAACCUUCCUCCUGAAGAUUUUGAUUCAUCUGGUGAUGACGAUGAUGCAUUCUCAGGUUCAGGUGCAGGUCCUGUGACUGAACAGUCUCACACCUGGAGAAUCCCAGGAGAAUCAACUAAUUCCUCAUUACUGGCAACACCGAUAGAUUUUCAUGAACAGCCAUUUCCUGGGACUGAGAGCCGACCUGAGAAGGAAGUAAAGUCUCCUUCUGCAACUAGUACUGUCAUGACAGAGGAGCCAGUUGUAGCUCUGAAGGACACAGUACCCAUCCUGAGCUCACCUGAUGAGAAACCAACAAAUGAUGCUGUUACAACAGUGAGAAGCCCCACUACUCACUUUCCUUCAGUGGUUCAUGUAACUUCUCCAGAAGCCUCAGGCACAGACCAUGGGUUCGAACCUAAAAUCCCCAGCUCUGAUAUGCCAGACACUAAAGAUGUGCCUGAGUCCCCCUCUACCAUCCAUCAUGAGGGAGACAUUGCCGCCACUCCCACAAUAGCAGCUCCAAAGGAUGUUGUUCCUACACAUGAGGAGGUUUCUGAGGAUGGCUCUGGAGAUCCGGGAGACUUCAUCUUAACUAAAGAUGAGGAUUUGGUCCCCACCCAGAACUCAGAAGUACUGGCUGACUCUGGGAGGAAUGCCAAAGCUGCAGGAGCCUCGGGAAUUAUGGACAGAAAAGAAGUUCUUGGAGGUGUUAUCGCUGGAGGACUAGUAGGCCUGGUGUUUGCAGUGUUUCUAGUUGCAUUUAUGCUGUACAGAAUGAAGAAAAAAGAUGAAGGCAGCUAUUCACUGGAUGAGCCAAAGCAGUCUAACGGAGGAUACCAAAAACCACACAAACAAGAAGAAUUCUAUGCAUAAACACUGCUCUUCAGGACACUUAUUUCAUUUUUCUUGGACUCUUCUCUCCCUGCACAUGGACCUCCUAGUCUGCUUUGCAUUAAACUUAAGCCAUAUGAUCAUUGGGUUGUUUGCCCUUACCACUUUGCCAUUGAGAUUUGGUAACUACAAAGUAGAUCUGGAUUCAUUGAACAUUCCCUGCUUUCGUGCACAACCUUUUUUUUUUUUUUUUUUUUUUAACAGAAGUGGGACUGCAAGUUCCUAAAUUCACUUUGGUUUAUCUAAAGACUGCUGGGGCAGGCGGUGGGGGAGAAGAUAAGGGAGCACUGUGUGCAUAAAACUCUUGAUAUUUAGGGGAAGGGCUAGCAAGAAUAAACAGUUACCAGUGCUCAAAUUCUGUAUAGCAGGGAUCCUCCUAUUUAACUCAUAGAUGUGUUUUAAGCAUAAUGAAUGGCUGCGCUGGGCAGACAUUUGGUACACUGCAACCCUCUAGCUCUUUCUAACUGCUGUAUUUGGAGCACUUAAUGCCUAUGAAACAUCAAGCUGAACAUGAUUCCUAGUGAGAGGAGGUAUUAUGAGUAGGGUAAGCAAAUGACUGUCAUGUAGUUUAGAAUAACUUCUGUUUUGGAAGCAUUAUGCCAUACCCAGAACCAGCUCCUAAGAAGUUGGUGCAAAACACAAACAGAAAACAAACCCCAAAGACCCCCAGAUUAAGUGGUGAGUUCAUUUUGCCAGCAGUGUUGGACUGUCCUACUACCUUCUUGCUCUUUCUAGGCAUAGGUAAGAAAUAGGUUAUUCUAAGGAGUCUCAUCUCAGACAUUCCCUCUUCUUAGGUGCCAAAUAGGCUGGGCUGUCAUACUGCAGAUGCUCUUAUCCUGCCCUGUUGUGUAGUCACAAGGUGACUGUGAUGUGUUGUAGCACCUACAUCUCUGUGCACUGUUUACAAACGGUUGUCUUGGAACAUGGUCUGCCAUCUAUGCCACAGAAUACCUUGGCACACAGUAGUAGAAGGUAGCAGCAUAUCAUGACUCUGCAGUUAAGGAGUAGAGAAGCGUAGCAUCUGAAACAAGCCUGAUGAAGGCUAAGUGUAGAUGGCCUUAAAUAUACACAACAGUUGAUGUGCUUGACUCUCGUGACUCCCGAAUGGCUCUUCAGUAGCUGUUCCUGCACUUUGGAGAGAAGCAACUCCAGGAAUGUCAGACUAGCAAGGGCAGAAAAACACCUUCUGAGGAAAGUCUGGAUGCCUGAAGCUGUUGGUGGUCAGUGUGCUGUCAGAUGUGAGGCACUGAGGCCUCACCGAGGGUCUGGAGUUCUCCACAGUAUCUCAAACCGAGUGAGAAGAAAAGUGUGGUGGUCUACACAAGCCUUACUUCUGCUCUGCCUUUGGUUAGCUUCUUGCAAGUUCAGUUCCUCAUCACUUAGAAGGUAUGGGGUGGGAGAAGGAGUGUUUACAACUGAUAUAAAUACUUGUACUGUUGAGCCAGAGGGAAUGAUUGGAGACUAUUGCAGCAGCCGAUAUAAAUGUUGCACAUCGAUAGUAAAACUUAAAAACCUGUGUAAUUUAAAUGAAGUAUAAAACACUCCUGAGCUGCUAUGCAGCCAAAAUUGGUGCCUUCUGUGCAAACCCAAGCGAAAAAAACCCAAACAGUUCUUGAUUCCAGACUUCUUUAUGCGCAAAGAAAACUUGUGCAUACGUGUAUCUGGCUGGUUUUAAGUAAAGCUGCAAAGUCCAUUAUGUCUAUCUGGUUUUUGUUUGUUUGUUUUUUUUUUUUAACAGAAUGAAUUUUUAUAGGUUAAUGCAAUGACCAGACGGUGUUAAUUUCAGCUGUAAUUCUUUGCUUUGUAUAGGAAUGUAGAAACAUUGUUUGAUAGGUUUAUCUACAAAAAGGUUCUUGUAAAGCGCAGGAAGAUAAAGUGGUAAACUUUAGUUGUACCUCACAACCUGGCUAGGGGGAAAGGAAAAAACUGUAUAUUUUGGUAGUCUAAAGUGACAGUUUGUGAAACAAACAUGACAUUGUGUUAUUUAAGUGGUACAAAUGAAAUACGAGUUCUAACAGAAGAUGCAACACUUGGUUAUCUGUAUGCCAUUUAAAUGUAUACUGCAAUAAAUGGCAUUUUGGCAAGAA